AUGCCUACUGCCGUCGUGACCGGGGCCAACAGUGGCAUCGCCCACGCCUUUGCCAACAUACUGCUCGACGAGGGGUACAAAGUGUACGCCGUCGAUCGAGACGAUGGAGAAGGGCUUAAAGCUCUGCAAUCCAAGCAAGCCCAUACUGCAGUUGUCGACGUGACUGCACCCGAUUCGAUCCGGGACUUCAAGGACUCGCUGGGUGAUAUCCCGAUUGAUCUUUUACUCAACAUUGCAGGUGUCGCCUCCCCAUCCGAUGAGGAUAGUCUGACGACCACCAACCUUGAUGUCCUACAACGUACCUUUGCCGUCAAUACUUUCGGACCCUUGCUUUUGACUCAAGCUCUAUUACUCAACCUGUCAAAGGCAUCCAAUCCCAAGAUCGGGAUCGUGUCCAGUCGCGUGGGGUCUAUCGGCGACAACAGCUCCGGUGGACAUUACGCCUAUCGCGCGUCCAAAGCUGCGGUCAACAGCAUCGGCAAGAGCAUGGCCGUGGAUCUCAAAGCCAAAGGGGUCACGGUCAUGCUUCUGCACCCUGGCUUUGUGAGGACAAACUUAUUGCCCAAGGCCAACAUGCCACCAGAGACGGUUGAACCGGAAGAGGCUGCGAGGAAAUUGUGGGAGAAUAUUGUCAAGAAGAAAGGGAUCGAUGAGAGCGGCAAGUUUUGGCAUCGUGAGGGCUUUGAAUUGCCUUGGUGA